AUGCUUUUGUCCACUGAUCAAUUGUUCUCCCGAAAUAUGGAAUUUGCUGAUGCUCUUCGUUAUAAUCUUGAAAAGGUACAUGGUGAAGUAGUUGCUAAAACAUUAAAUAUACUAUCUGAUAACCUGAUGAUCAAUGCACAAUCAUUAUCAGUUUGUCGUCGUGAGUGUGCUGCAUUCCAUGAAGAUGAGGGCAAGGUACUCACAGUACCUACAUCAGUAUAA